AUGGCCAUGGCGCCCACAGAUCGUCGGAAACCCUUCACCAGCUGGGUCAAAAGGCUGAAUCAGAAGAUGAAGCGCACCAAGGGCCCAAACAACCCCUACCCACAGUCAGGCCAUGUCAGUUCCCGACAUGGGCUCCCACCACCGUCCACGACUCAUCAUCAACAGCAGCGACAAUCGCAUUCCAUUGACUAUCCCCAAUCGACCGUCGAGAGCACGCCGGACCCCGAGUUGGUCGUCCACUCCGCCGAAGAGCUAAGCAGGCAGUCCAUGCAGUCGACGAGCGAGGGCAGGCCAUCGGCUGAAGUUGAAGGCGACGCCGAUGGCGACGCCGAGGGCCGACCCCCAACCACCGCCCCAUCCUACGGCGGCACAUCUUUCGCCGGCACGAACAUCACAGCGACCGACGCACGCAGGCCCGACAGUACCUUCUCCUCGCCCGCCCCGUCCGCCCGGUCUGUCGCGACGACACUGUCGACCAUGCAGACCCAGAUGGCCAAUGGCCUGCUGAACGGCCAACCCGCCAACACUGCUGCCCAACCCACCUCACGGCCGCAACAGCACCAGACCGUCCAGUACACCCAGCCCGAGGCCCUGGUCACCGCGAUGCCCGCCAGCGACGGCGACCGAAACAGACGGAGCGCCUAUCGCCCCGCCACAUACAGUGCGAUCAUCGCGAACAAUCUCCUGAGCGACAACAUCUCGAUCCUGACGCUCGCAUCGUCCACCCAACGCCGUAGGCGGCGCUCCUGGGACACGGACUACGACCAUGCGUCGGUACGCGCACUGCCGCCAGCAUCACAGUUCGGCGGCAGCCGCGAGUCGCUGCCCCUAUCUGUGCUGAGCGCCAACCUCGACGGGCAGCAGCCGACGAGCCCAGGCUUGACUACGGCAAGGUCCAUCGCGGAACGAUCGGUCAGCGGCCUGGCUCUUGGCCAUGGACGAGCCGACAGCCUGAGCGGCAGUGUUGGAGGCGGAGCAAUGCCCGUCGCGAGCGAAUCUUGA